CGUUGUUGUCGUCACGCCACUUAGUACACGGCGGUGCACCCAAGCACCGCGCACUGUUCGCGCGGCGCGAUCUCGCGCGCACACACGCAUAGAAGCAUGCGGCUGUUAAGAUCCGACGGCGACGACGACGCGACAAUCCGAGGAACAACAAAAAAGCUUCUAACCGUUCGAUCGACUGCGGCGACGUCGCCGUUGUUGCACAGCACGGACGACGUCGAUUUCGCGCCUACGGUAAGAUUCAUCUCGCGGGUUGACUUUAGUCUCGAUCCGGACGCCGUUCACCGCCGUUCAACAUCAAUCGCAACGCGCAACCCGUUCAGCUGCGGCAGCGACCCGUGCAAGUUUCUCCCGAUUCGAUUCUCCCUGCAGCCAUUUCAUCCCUCCCCUGCAGCAAUGACCCUCCUGUCGAUAUCCCCGUGGAAGCUGGCCUUGGUGGUGUUCCUGCUGGCAGCCAGCUGCACCCAGGCUAACAUUAGCUCGGGGUCGUCCAAGUCGUCCAAGUCUUCCCAGAAACCGCUUAUCCGACACACCCGUGCCCUUGGCUUCUUCCAGAAGAUUGCCGAAGUGGGCCGAUUGAUCUACCAGCAGUACAACGACACCACCUGGACCCUGCAGGGGAUCUACGACGUUGCGCGGAACGAGUUCACCGAUACGUUCACCACCACCACGCAAAAUCCCCUUCUACCAACGACAACCCCAGAUCCAUCAACCAGUACGACCGAAAAGUAUCGAAUCUCCCGAGCCGAGCUGGGCCGCAUCCUGAACCGUAACUACCGAGGACUUCAGAAACUGUUCCGACUGGAGUGGAAUGAAGCAUGGAAUCAAACCCGCUACAACGUCGCGUUCUACAAGCAGGAGCUGAACAACGCGAUCAAAUCGCGGCCCAAUGCCACUACAACGACGGUCAAACCGUGAUCGUAUGGCCGAAACCGCAAAUCUACCUGAAGCAAUAAUGUUCCAACUUUGAUAGUUAAGGGGAUCUUUCUGUGAUAUAGUAUUGACUACAAUUUACAUUUCGCAACAAUUUGUACUGGGUACCUCUAGUUUGUAAGGUGUUUUGAGACAAAACUGAAGAAAACGCGAGCGUACGCGUGCGUGUGUGUACAUAAUGUAUAAACUGAUCAACCAACCAACGACCCCGUCACUGGAGAUUGUUGUGUGUGAUGGGCCUCUUUGCGACGAUCGAUGGAUCUAACGAUGAAUGUUGUCGCGAUCGCCGUUAGCUCUCUCGAUGGGCUCAUCACCUUUGCGCAAUCCAUAGAAUUAGUUAGCAACUAAGCCGUGUGUGGGCUAGCUGUGCACAGAGUCGCGAAGAACAAUUUCAAGCAGUGCCAAUAAAUCUAAUAAACAUAGUUAA